UCUGAUGGCGAGGUUAAAGAAAGCACUGCUGGUAACCAAUGAAUUAUCAGCAGCUUUAGUAGUGGGUGGUAGGAGUUGUUUUAUAUAAAAGCAAAAGGGUGCUAGCUAAGUGUGACAAGUGUUCCAUACUACAGACAGGAAAAUAGCAAUUCUCCUCGAGGUUAAUAUCCAUUUUCGUUACAAUUAGUUCGCGAUGUUUGUUAUAAAUUGGAGUGAAGUCUUUGAUGAAAUCGACACGAAUGGCAAUGGAAAAAUAGAAUAUCAAGAGUUCUUCGAUUAUUUCAAGGAUAUGUUUCCAUCUGUUUCCAAAGAAGUUGUGGAGAAAGACUUGAAAGGUCUUGACCUGAAUAAUGAUGGAGUAGUUAUCAAGGAGGAAUUCAUUAAACUGAUGAGCCAAGAUACACUUAAAGAUCCGGAAGAUAUUAAGAACGCUUUUAAGAAAUUCGACGUCGAUAAAUCUGGUUACCUGACUACAGAAGAACUGAAUGAAGCAAUGAAAACGUUGUGUAUGGAUAUCUCUGGUGCAGAUACUCAAGCAAUUAUAAAAUCUGCUAUGAAAGAUGGCAAGAUUGAUUAUAAAGAAUUUGUAGACAUUGCGAUGAAUUUAUAAAGGCUACUCAUUUAGAGAAGCACAGUAAAGGGUUUUAUUAAAUAUGUUUGAAAAGCAGCGAACUGGAAGAUUCUUUAGCUCGCCGGACAAAAUGUCUGGAAGUAUUUCGUCUGUCUGUCUGUCCUUUAUUUUUCUGAGUUCAAAUGCCACCGAGAUUGACUUUGCUUU